AACAUAAUCUAUCCACCUCUCUCCUACAGUUCAAACGCACUACCCUCCCUCAUGCAUACGGCACAGCCAACCCCCGUCUUCACGCUCACUACAGCUUUCAAAAUUCCUUGCUUCACUCCAAAUCUCUGCAUAUUCUCACACUUUUGCCCCGUUUCGCACUAGUAUCCUUCCAAAGAUCACACCUUUUUCGCCAUAUCCCAAUCCCAGAAAACCCUAGCUUCCUAGCGCUGCGAAAUCCCAAUCUGCUCUUUGCCAGCUUCCAGCAAAUCUGCUGGUUCUUGCUGUGAUUCUGCUCGGGAUUCUUGAAUUUAUCCAUAAUUCCCGUAUAUAUUGAGUUUGUGGGUGGGGGUUGCUUUAAAAAAGAAAUAUUUUUCAAGCUUUAGCUCUUCUCAGUGUGUGGGUUGGUGGGUUUUGUAGAGAUUUCGAUUUCGAUUGGAGUUGUUGUGGUUGGGCAUGCAUGAAUUGAAGUUCAAUUCCGAGUGUUUACCGGGCUUAGGUUAAGAUUUUGUUGUGUAGAGAAGAUAAAAAGGAGCAGAAAAAAACUGAAAAAGAAAUGGAGAAAUACGAGCUUGUUAAGGAUAUAGGUUCCGGGAAUUUCGGCGUGGCGAGGCUCAUGAGGAACAAGGAGACUAAGGAGCUUGUGGCCAUGAAGUACAUAGAAAGAGGCUUUAAGAUUGAUGAGAAUGUGGCCAGGGAAAUCAUAAACCAUAGAUCACUGCGACACCCAAACAUAAUUCGGUUCAAGGAGGUCGUAUUGACUCCUACUCAUCUUGCCAUUGUCAUGGAAUAUGCAGCAGGUGGAGAGCUCUUUGAACGAAUCUGCAAUGCGGGAAGGUUCAGUGAAGACGAGGCUAGGUACUUCUUCCAGCAGCUUAUUUCAGGAGUCAGCUACUGUCACUCUUUGCAAAUAUGUCAUCGGGACCUAAAGCUGGAGAAUACCCUACUGGAUGGGAGUGCAGCACCACGUCUUAAGAUUUGUGAUUUUGGCUACUCUAAGUCAUCUCUGCUGCAUUCGAGACCAAAAUCUACUGUUGGUACUCCAGCUUAUAUUGCCCCCGAGGUCCUAUCUCGCAGAGAGUAUGAUGGCAAGCUUGCAGAUGUGUGGUCUUGUGGAGUAACACUCUAUGUGAUGCUGGUUGGUGCCUACCCUUUCGAAGACCAGGAAGAUCCCAAGAACUUCAGGAAAACUAUUCAACGUAUAAUGAGUGUGCAGUACAAGAUUCCUGACUACGUCCAUAUAUCACAAGAUUGUAGGCACCUUCUCUCCCGAAUAUUUGUUGCAAAUCCAUCAAGGAGGAUUACGAUUAAAGACAUCAAGACUCACCCCUGGUUCUUGAAGAAUUUGCCAAGGGAAUUAACGGAAGUGGCACAAGCGGCCUAUUACAGGAGAGAAAACCCGACAUCUUCCCUUCAAAGCGCGGAGGACAUAAUGAAGAUUGUGGAAGAAGCCAAGGCCCCUCCUCCGGCUUCUCGUUCCAUUGGGGGGUUCGGGUGGGGAGGUGAAGAGGAUGAGGAGAAGGAAGAGGAGGCAGAAGAGGAUGAAUAUGACAGGCAAGUGAAGCAGGCACACGAAAGUGGAGAAGUGCGCGUGUCCUGAGGAGGAGAACGAGAAGAGCACCGAAUCUCGGUGCUCUUGUUAGAGUGUUGAUAUUUGAAUGGUUGUGUACACUUUGGUUGAUUUGAAGGCGCAGAGUUUAAUAAGAUUGUAAAUUUCUAUUUUUGCGUCAAAGAAAGAGAGGCUUGUGAAGCCCCCAUCUCUGGGGUUGAUAGAGUUAGGAGUAUGAACUCAACUGGUUAUGACUUUUAAUCUGUUGUGGUGUGUAAAUUGAAUUAUAUAUAAGUUUUAUUAGUCGUUGCUUUGGACUUUACUCUA